AUGGAAUUGACAAAAUUCUCCAUAAAGAGGAACUUAAUCAUCCUCUUUCGACUAUUAAGUCUUGCAUCGCGGGCCUCUAGUAAGGCAGUGUUUGCUCAUUUUAUGAUGGCAAACACUGGCAUAUAUGGGCCCUCGGAUUGGAGGCAAGACAUGUCCCUGGCCAAGGAGGCUCACAUCGAUGCGUUUGCACUCAACAUGGCGUAUGGUGUGAAGACAAACGAGCAGUCUGUUUCCAAUGCCUUCGCCAUGGCAGAGAACCUUGGUUUCCAUCUAUUUUUCUCUUUCGACUACGCCGGCAAUGGAGCUUGGCCAAAGGAACAGGUCAUCGACAUGCUGCAGAAAUACGCCCCGAGUUCCGCCUAUUUUCACCACGAUAAAAAGCCUUUUGUCUCUACGUUCGAAGGAACCAAAAACGCUGAUGACUGGAUUACCAUCAAACAAAAGACGGGCUGUUUCUUUGUCCCCGACUGGUCGUCCGUGGCAGCCACCUCUGCCCUUGAGCUUGCUGGGGGUGUUGUUGACGGCUUGUUCUCGUGGGCUGCAUGGCCAACAGACUCUCGUCGGAUGACUACCUACGUGGAUGCAGCGUUUCUCGGCAGUCUCGGAAAUGCUGGCAAGCCAUACAUGAUGCCAGCCUCCCCGUGGUUCUAUACUAACAUGCCUGGCUACGACAAGAACUUCGCAUGUCACGGAGACGAUUUGUGGUAUGACCGAUGGGUGGAGGUUGGUUUCCUCAAUCCCGAGUGGGUCGAGAUAAUUUCCUGGAAUGACUAUGGCGAGUCACAUUACAUCGGACCUCUCAACGAAAAAGGCUAUGGAGUGUUUGCCGCCGGAAAAGCACCAUACAACUAUGCCAGAGGGAUGCCACACGAUGGCUGGAGACUGCAGCUUCCAUACGUUAUUGAUUUGUACAAAAAGGGAACCGCUUCUGUGGCAGAAGAAAGCCUAGUCGUGUGGUAUCGGACACAACCUCGGAUCUCUUGCGGCGGAGGAAAUACCACAGGUUUUACGGCUCAACUCCAAGUUGAAGAAGAUGCUGAUACUUGGAUUGCGGACAAGGUAUUCUUCUCAGCACUUCUUGCUUCGAACGCCUCAGUGAAGGUGAGUAUUGGUGGCGUAGAGAAAGACGCAAAUUGGGAAUUCGAACCGGAUGGCGGUGUUGGCGUUUAUCACGGCAGCUUUUAUUAUGAUGCUAAGCACCUUGGGGAAACAGAGGUCACCAUUGUGCGCAGUGGCAAGGAGACUGUAUCCGUCAAAGGCCGCGCUCUCACCAAGGAUUGCACUGGCGACCUCGCCAAUUUGAAUGCAUGGGUUGGAAGCGCAACGUCAGGAAAAACCAUAGCCUCUGUUUCGCCAGAGUUCUCAGUAUCCGAGCAGACCUGCAUUGAGGGAGCUGGAUCCUCAAACUUCACAGAGCUGUGUGAAUUCACCUGCAAAUAUGGCUAUUGCCCCCUUGCCACAUGCUACUGCACUGCCAUGGGUGCUCCGAAGGAGAAACCGAAAGCCACCAAGGACAAAGGUUACCCGAAGAAUGGAGAUGACAGCUACGAAGGACUGUGCUCUUUUGCAUGCUAUUAUGGAUUUUGCCCGAAGAAAGUUUGCUUGGAAACCAAGGCCUCGACUACAACAAGUCAUCCGGCUCCCACACAUACCGAUACCAACAACGGACUACAACGAACUAUUCCUUCCUUUGGCUCACUGUUUGGGCUAUAUCUUCUUAUUCUCUUUUUUAUGGGUCUUACUUUUUACCUAGGGGAGUGA